AUGAAGAAGGAGAACUUCCCUGAGGAGCUCAGCUUGGCUUCUCCUCAGAUCAGCAAGGGCCUGGUGCUGCUUCAGAGCAUGGCCAACCGAGACUUCCAUGGUCUAGAGAGGAAGCUGCAAGAAGACCAUCACAGACCCAGCAAGUCAGCCCAGGCCGUCAGUCGCUAUUACCGCAAAGUGAGCCAGUUCAAGAAGCUCAAUAGCCCUAAUGGCUUUGUGUCUGAAAUGGAAGAAAUGAGAAAGGCCUUUCUCAUGCGGCCUGGAUGCCCUCAGUUCAGUACCAGAGCUACAUCUGUAUCUCACGUGGGUUCUGCCACCACGGUUGAUCUGCCCAGGGACACAUGUACCAGCUCCGGAACCUGGAAGAUGUCCGAGGACCAGCCCCUGGACAGGCAGGGCUCUGCCACCAGUAUGGACGGGCGCCUCUUUUCAUUCAGCAAGAGUGCUUGCGAGCUCAACUACUCACGAAAGAGGAGUGAGCCCCCGGCCACGAGCCCCACCAGCAGCCCAACCAUGGUCAAGAGGUCCCAGAGAACCAGGAUGCCCUGGUACAUCUCUGUCAUCCAUGAGAAGGAUCAUUCCCUGGUCCGGCUGGGAGAAGAACUCCGGCGCCUCUCGGUGCUAGAGACCCAGAUGCAGAAGAAAGAUCAGGAGAUCUUGCUGCUCCAGAAGGAGAAGGAGGCCCUGAAGAAGCAACUGAAGGCCCUCCUCAGAAGCAAAGGCACAGAACCAUCUUCCUCUUCCAUCAAGACGGAUCGGUCAUUUGAGGCUUUGCUGAAGCUGGGAAAGGUGAGCAUGCUGAAGACGCCACACAAAGAAAAGGAGGAGCUUCAGCCCUGGAUGCAGAUGCAGGAUGACUUUAACAUGACCGAGAGCAGCAAGGAACUGCCGAUGGAACCAGGAAGUGUCGUGGAGGAAAAGGGCCCCAAGGGGGCCCCGGAGGAGGCUGGAACUACUGCCAAACCUGGGAGCAGCAUGGGCAAGAUGGGGACUUUGCGUGAAGAGGGCCCUGAGGAGGAAGAGGAGGAGGAGGAGGAAGCAAAUGGACUAGAAGAGGAGGAGGAGGCGGUGGUAGAGGAGGAAGAACUGUGGGAGCUGAGGGAGGAGGAGGAGGACCAGGGUCCCAAGAGGUCGUACUCCCUGACCGAAUCCUUUGAGGAGGAGCUGAUGGCCCAGCUGGAGGAGUAUGAGCGCUUGUUGUUGGACUUCCAGAGUGAGCUGGAACUCACCAGAACCAGAUACUCCCUGGCCACAGGAGCCAUCACAUCCUUACAACGGCAAACCGACUACCAGGAGUCUCAGCUGCGAAAGGUCACCAUGGAAAACGAGCUUCUGGAAAAGGAACUCCGUGAACGAAAGCGGCAGAUACAAGCCAUGACCAACAAGUUCUCCAGCCUCCGGGAGGAAAAGAAGCAACAGGGGAUAAUGGGACUCAUUGAGAAGGAGAACCUUAUCCUCCGACAGCAAGUGUCUGACUUGGAGACAGAGCUCCUCAAGCGCGAUCAGGCCAUCGUGGAGCUGCACAGCAAAGUCAGCGAGCUGCAGGCUCAGGUCGACCUGUACGAGGACCACCUGAGGAGGUGGAAAGAGCUUCACAACGAUCUCCAGAGCCGGAAUGAGACAAUCCAGCAAGCAGAGCAACAGACUCGCGUGGUCCUAGAGUCCUUUCAGGCCAGGCUGGAGCGACUAAGGAAUAAGAUCAUCCAGGCCGUCUACAGUGUCAGUGGGACCAAGAACUUGUCCACGGAGCUCUCUGACAACUACAUCCUGGAGUCCCUGCAGAGAAUCAUCACAGAAAGAAGCGAGUUCUACAGCCAGCUGAAACAAAAAGGCGUCAAGGUGCCCCCGCUGCAGCAGUCAGACAUCUCCCUCCCCAGCAAGCUCAAGAAGCUCUUUCCCAAGUAG